CGCGGAGAGCGCGGGAGCAGGCCGGCGGGCGGCGGGGGCGGCGGGAUGGGGCUGCUGCUCAUGAUCCUGGCGUCGGCCGUGCUGGGCUCGUUCCUCACGCUGCUCACACAGUUCCUGCUGCUCUACCGCAGACAGCCCGAGCCGCGGGCGGACGAGGCGGCCCGCGCGGGCGACGGCUUCCGCUACCUCAAGCCGGUGCUGGGCCUGUCCCUCAGGGAGUACCUCUAUGGCGGCGGCGGCGGCGGCGGCGAGGAGCCCGCGGCCGCGUCCUCCGAGGCCGGCGCCAGCCCGGCCCCGGCCCCGGCCCCCGACAGCCCGGGCCCGCCGACGCGGGAGACCUGCUACUUCCUCAACGCCACCAUCCUGUUCCUGUUCCGGGAGCUGCGGGACACCGCGCUGGCCCGCCGCUGGGUCACCAAGAAGAUCAAGGUGGAGUUCGAGGAGCUGCUGCAGACCAAGACGGCCGGCCGCCUGCUGGAGGGGCUGAGCCUGCGCGACGUGUUCCUGGGCGACACGGUGCCCUUCAUCAAGACCAUCCGCCUGGUGCGGCCCGUGGCGGCCCCGGGCGCCGGCGAGCCCGACGGCCCCGACGGCGACGCGCCGCCCGCCACCUGCCCCGAGGAGCUGGCCUUCGAGGCGGAGGUGGAGUACAACGGCGGCUUCCACCUGGCCAUCGACGUGGACCUGGUGUUCGGCAAGUCCGCCUACCUGUUCGUCAAGCUGUCGCGCGUGGUGGGGCGGCUGCGCUUCGUCCUCACCCGCGUGCCCUUCACCCACUGGUUCUUCUCCUUCGUGGAGGACCCGCUGAUUGACUUCGAGGUGCGCUCCCAGUUCGAGGGGCGGCCCUUGCCGCAGCUCACCUCCAUCAUCGUCAACCAGCUCAAGAAGAUCAUCAAGCGCAAGCACACCCUGCCCAGUUACAAGAUCAGGUUGCUCAUUUUUGGAUCCUAUGACAGAGAAGCAAAUGUUCAUUGCACACUUGAGUUGAGCAGUGGUGUUUGGGAAGAAAAACAAAGGAGUUCUAUUAAGACGGUUGAAUUAAUAAAAGGGAAUUUACAAAGUGUUGGACUUACACUUCGUCUUGUGCAGUCAACUGAUGGGUAUGCUGGGCAUGUCAUAAUUGAAACUGUGGCCCCAAACUCACCUGCUGCAAUUGCAGAUCUUCAGCGAGGAGAUCGUCUCAUUGCUAUUGGAGGUGUGAAAAUCACAUCAACACUGCAAGUGCUAAAGCUCAUCAAGCAGGCUGGUGACCGAGUCCUGGUGUACUACCAAAGACCUGUUGGGCAGAGUAACCAAGGGGCGGUACUACCACAAGACAGUUUGGGCCAGUUGGAAGAAAACUUUUUGUCAAGCUCUUGCCAGCCAGGUUAUGAAGAGGAAGCUGCUGGGUUGCCAGUGGAUACUGAAAAUAGAGACCUUGAUUCUGAAUUUGAAGACUUGGCAAGUGAUGUCAGAGUACAUACUGAGUUCAAAGAGGAGGCACAACCAUUAAGUCACAGUCCCAAACGUACUCCGACAACACUUUCUAUUAAACCCCUUGGCGCUAUAUCCCCAGUUUUAAAUCGUAAAUUGGUUUCAGGAAUCCAUCCACCACCACAAAAACUUCCAUCUAAAGAAGGAAAUAAACCAUCAGCCCUAAAAGUUUCAGAAGCCACAGAAGCAGCAUCAGUGUCCAAACCCCAAGGACCCUCUUUCAAACCACCUGUGCCACCACGGCCACAAGUGAAAAUCCCUUUGCCUUCCACUGACACCCCAACUCAGGCAGACCCGGACGCUGUUGAAAAGCCAGAGAAGGUGCUGCUCCCUCCUCCUCUUGCAGAGAAACCUGCUGAAAAGCAAAUGAAGAACGUGGAUCACGGAGAAGAUGUGGCAGCAGGUAAGCAGUCUUCAGCAAAGCAAGAAGUAGUGAAAGAUCUUACUUCAGAAAGUUCUGGUCCUCCUAAGGAUACUUCAGAUGACCAUCAGAUGUGGGAAUCAUCAGAGGUUCUUUAUCGUAAUAAGGUAGGAAAGUGGUCAAGAACCAGAGCAUCCUGUUUGUUUGACAUAGAAGCCUGCCACAGGUACCUGAACAUUGCACUGUGGUGCAGGGAUCCUUUCAAGUUAGGAGGCCUCAUCUGUUUGGGGCAUGUUAGUUUAAAACUUGAAGAGGUGGCCUUAGGAUGCCUAGCUACAUCAAAUAUGGAAUACCUUUCAAACUUCAGACUGGAAGCCCCUGAUCCUAAGGCCAUGGUCACUAGAACUGCACUACGCAAUCUGAGUAUGCAAAAGGGCUUCAAUGACAAAUUUUGUUUUGGUGACAUUACUAUUCAUUUCAAAUAUUUGAAGGAAGGAGAACCAGACCACCACAUAGUUCCUAAUGUAGAGAAAGAAAAAGAACUCCAUUUGGUUGAAGAAGUUUCUACACUCCCUAAAGAGGAGCAUUUUGUGGGACAGAUGAGUUUGUCAGAAAAUAAACAUAGUUUCCAAGAUACUCAGUUCCAAAACCCAACUUGGUGUGAUUACUGUAAGAAAAAAGUCUGGACAAAAGCUGCUUCCCAGUGUAUGUUCUGUGCUUAUGUUUGUCAUAAAAAAUGUCAAGAAAAGUGUCUAGCUGAGACGCCUCUUUGUGGAGCAACUGAGAGGAGACUAGACCGGACCCUGAAAAACCUCAGGCUGGAAGGACAGGAACCACUUGUGGGCCUUCCUCCUCGUGUUGAGAUGGAAGCCAACAAGUCAGUUCAUAAAACAACAGGUUUGACAAGGCACAUUAUUAAUACUAGCUCUCGUUUACUAAAUUUGCGUCAAGUCUCUAAAACUCGCCUUUCUGAACCAGGAACAGAUCUUGUGGAACCAUCACCAAAGCACACACCCAACACAUCAGACAAUGAAGGCAGUGACACGGAGGUGUGUGGUCCAAACAGUCCUUCCAAACGAGGGCACGGUGCAGGAAUAAAGUUAGUGAGAAAGGAAGGUGGGCUGGAUGACAGUGUUUUCAUUGCAGUUAAAGAAAUCGGCCGUGAUCUGUAUAGAGGCUUGCCCACAGAAGAAAGGAUCCAAAAGCUAGAGUUCAUGCUAGAUAAACUGCAGAAUGAAAUUGAUCAGGAGUUGGAACAUAAUAAUUCCCUUGUUAGAGAAGAAAAAGAAACAACUGAUACAAGGAAAAAAUCACUUCUUUCUGCUGCUUUGACUAAAUCAAGUGAAAGACUACAAGCUUUGACACUUCUGAUGAUCCACUAUAGAGCAGGCAUUGAAGAUAUUGAAACCUUAGAAAACCUGUCUUUAGACCAGCACUCGAAAAAAAUAAACAAGUACACAGAUGAUACAGAAGAAGACCUUGAUAGUGAAAUAAGCCAACUGAUAGACUCUCAGCCAUUCAGCAGCAUCUCAGAUGACUUGUUUGGCCCAUCUGAGUCUGUGUAACAGACAAACUAGUUAAACUUUAAGGUGGUUGGGGACAAAAUGCAUCUGGAGUGCCACAGGUACAGCCAUGUUUCAGUUCUCUCAUGGUGCACUUUGGCCUGCUUCUCCAGUUACUUGUUUAAGAAUGAAAGUUGGUUUCCCAGCAGAAACAUGACAAGCUCACCAAAUUGGUUGUUUUAGGUUGUGCUAAUAGUUAAUGGUUUGGGGUUUAUACUUGGAAUUGGGUUUUAUUAAUUUAUUUUUAACCUUUUCUAAUUAUGUAAGCUAACUUUGUGCUUAUGUGUGGGUGAUGUCUCAUUGUCAUUUUUCUUUUCAUUUUCCUCCUGUUUUUUGAAUUAGUGUUAAGUAAGAUCCUGUCCAGAUUCCUGAAAUAUUUUCAUUCUUAUUUUCAUCACGGUUAUAACAGCAAAUUUGUUGCAUGCCUAAAUUGACAACAGUAAUCAUUGAAGGAACAGGUUUGAAUCUUCUUUCUUCUAUGUUUUGAGGUUUGUCAGCUGUACUUAAUUGAGGUUUUUGUUAUACGGGGUUUGGGGGAUUUUUGUUUUAUUUUGUUGUUAUUGCCAAAUAUAAAUGAAAGCAGACCCUACAGCUUUAAAAUGUUAUGCUGAUUUAGUUUAUUAUAUAUAUUGCUUGUUUCUUCUGCUUCUGUGAUUUUUUUAAAGCUCUUACGCAGUUGAAGUAUAGUAAAAUUAUAGUAAUUAGCUAGAAGAGCUUGCAUUGAAUAGAGGAUAAAUACAAAAUCUAGUUGGUCAAGAAUUUUGUAGAGAGGAUAACAAGAUUUUAUUACUGAAGAACAGUAACCAGUAGGAUUUUGAAAUACCUUCCAAAUACUGAUGCUUUCCUUUUAAAUGGAAGUUAUGAACACUCAUGAUUUUUCAUCUUUGGUUCUUUCAUAGGCUGUUUAAAAUUUCACAGGACUUGUUCUGAAAAUGGCUGCAUUGAUAACUGGCUUUGUUUGAAAAAAAUCUAAUGUAGGAAUAUGAUAUGAAGGACAAUUAUACAGAAUAUGUUUACUACAUCAUUUGGUAUCUUGUGGCCUUAAAGGAAUGUUAGUCAUUCUGAAUACUUCAGUAAUUCAGACCAUCUUCAUUCAUUGUAAAGAAAAAUAAAAAUAGACGGUAUACAUAGGACUUGGGACUAGUUCUCUAAAAAUGAAGGCCUGCUGUGGUACUGGGUUCAUCUAAUGGAUGCUGGUAACACACAACUGAGAAAAAUAUAUGAGCUUGGCCCCUGUUGAUGUAUCUUUAAUCUAUAGAAUAGAAAAGUUUUCCCUUUUACAAUAACUACUAUGAUAACACAUAAACCAACUGAAUUUAAAACUAUGGAACAGCUCUUUGGCUGCAGGAAAAUUCAUAGUAUAAUAGUAAAGAAACUAGCCCAGUGUGUAGUCCAAAUUGCACCAGGAGUUUAAAGUCAAGCUCUUUAGUGAGCUCUGCAGCUAUAGGCAAGUAACAAAGGUCACACAACUUCUCCAUCUCCGAAGGUACUUACUCUACCUCAUGGGGCUGUUGUGAGAAAAACAGGAGCAUGAUUGCAAAAAUGCUUUAAACAGUAAAAAGCUGUAUAAAAGGUAUUAGUUACAUGAGAAAAAACAUUGUUGAGUGUAGAAAGUUACUCCAGUUUUAAACUCAAUAGGUAACUCUCAUUCCUGUUAUUAAGUGAAAUAUUAGGACACUAGGACACAAAUCUUUCUUUGCCAGAUUUAUAGAAAAGACUGUAUCUGUGUAACCCCACCCCACCCCUGCUUUUUUUACUGUUUAUUUUAGCAUGCUCACAGUUUAAAAGAACACCACAAUAGAAGACUUUCCACAACAAAUCCCAGAGCUAAAAUGCUGUUUCACAUCUUAUGCUUGAAACAAUCUGCCUGAUGUAUAGCCAUGUUUCAUCUUGUAAACAAUAACUUGCCAUUGCUACCCUGAAGGUGAUGUGUCCAUAAGUGGCUGGUAUGUUUAUGGAUCAAACCAUGGAAGUUUUAGUGAUGCCCAAGCAUGCUCCUGCACUGAUUCCUUUGAAAGAGCUGUAGAAAUAAUGCAAAGCUUUAGUUAUAAGAAUCUACUCAUGCUUUAAAGUGUUAAUCUCUGUAGAACCACAAUCAUGGAAAGCUCAACAGUGCUGCUAAUUAUGUUUGUAAAAUAUACCUUUAAUGUAGUGCAAUAUUUUUCUAUUGGGAGAGACAGUAGAGGCAUCACAAUUGUACUUUAGAGCAGGGAAGGAGGGGAAACUCCAAAUACCCAAUAGUAAGGGAUAAGGCGUCAGUUUAAAAGAUUGUAUUAUAUUACAUUACUCAUGUAAUCUUGCUGCCAUGCUAUGUUAUCAAUAGCUAAAAUAAUAAUAAAGACUACCACGGAAAGUAAGAAUAUCUUCAUUUGAUGACAUCUAAAAACAAAGUGAUUGGUUCAUCUGUGUGGCAUUAUUGCCUGGUAUAAUUUGGCCAUGCAGACAAACUACCAAUUCACCUUUACUAAACAAAUUUGCAAAAGCAUUCAAACUUUUACUAUUGUUUUCUUACCUUUUGAAAUAGAUAUAUGGAUUUUUUUCUAAUGCUGUAUGGUAAUAAGUAGGUUAUUCUUAGUAAGACCUGUCUCAGGAAAGAAAAAAUUAGACUAUUUAAAGUGUAUUCUCUUCAUUGGUAUUUAGAUGAAUGACCGGGUUAGACAAAAUGAACAACAUUUUAGUAUUAUUUUGCAAUCACAAUAUGCUAUAUUUCUUUUUUAUUUAUUGUGUUGGAUUUUUGAGAUUGUCUCUCUCCAUAGGUCUGGCUGUCCUAAAACUCAACAGAUAUCUGCCUGUCUCUGACUAUGGAGUGCUGGGAUUAAAGGCAUGCUCCACCACAUCCAGCUGUGCUAUAUUUCUUAGUAGCAAACUUCAUUCAAUAAUACUAGAAUUUAUUGUGUAGAUACUUUCUCAUUCUAAGAAAAACAACAGCCUAAAACUUUGAGAGUAAAGUCUAUCUAAAAAAAAUUUAAAAACAUUUGAACAUAUUUGGUUCUAAUAGUAAGACAAUAGAGUUUAAAACUUUUAAGUUCUCUAAAGUAUGGUUGAAAUCACUUCAAUUUUUAAAAGAUAUAUUAUCAUAAGUUCUAAACUGAGGUGAUGGUUUUCGUUACCUCCCCCAAAAGGGGGGGAUUGCCUUCAUCCUUUUUGAUCCCUUGAUAUUCCUUAAGUUCUGAAUAAAACAGCAGGCCACCCUAAUCCCGGAAACUACCAUGUGUACGCCAUUCAAAAUAUUCCUAAUUUCUAGAUCUUCCAGAGCAAUUUGUCAUUGUUCUGUCAAAUGGCUAGGUAUUACAGCUCUCUUCAUCAGAUAAUUAUUAUCUCUUCAUGGCAAUUAGAACAAUUUUUGAGUUAAACUCCAGGGCAACUCACUGUUUUCCCAGACUGAUAGAAUGUAACAAGUCAUAUGUUUCAUUUAAAGCAAAGAGUGGAAAGCCAAAGAUGAUGGUUCACCCUAGCCUGGAGUAACUUUUGCCUGAUGCCUGCAAACACAGAGAAUGCUUUUUAAUUAAAUAUCUAUAGCCAAAACAACGUCUAUGUAUUUUAUUCCAACAAUAAUAUUAAUGAAAUGGUUUAUGAAAGAAUAAAGGCAGGCACAGCACAGUGUUCAAGAAGGUUUAUUAAGUAAUGUAGCUAAAGUGCAACCAGGGCAGAUACACUUAGCAGUCAAAAGAAAGUUGAGUACCCAUUGCUACCUCACUAAGACUUUUGUGUCUUGAGUUACUAAGUACAAACAAGAGCCACCUCUACCCAUUAAAAACGUUCUUUUUCUGGUACAUGCACAGUAUGUUUUAAACACCCUAUUUUCAGGCUUGUGUAACCAAGAUAUUAGUCAUAUAAAUGUCUUUACUUUCCCCUUAGAAACAAGUUAAUCUUUUGCUCUCCAAACAGUCCUAAAUUUUUUAUUUUAUCUUUCCCUUGGAGUUGAGUAACUGGCGUGCCUUUGCUGGUCAUUCUUACUGAAAUGACAUCAGCAUCAAUUACUGUAUAUGGUAUUUUGGGCAAGGAAAACCACAAGCCCUCUCUAACCACAUUACUUCCUUCUAAAGCUGUCCUGGUGAAGUCUAAGUCCCGCCUUCUGAUUUUAGUCAUGUGAGAGUUCCUCUAAGGCCAUCUUUCAGAAUUGCAGACCUAUGUGACUGUUCAGUAGUUUAAUGAGUAGAAAGCCUGUUUCUUUCAAACACACCAGACUUCAAAUCACCAAGGUCCCAUCAAAAGCUUCAUAAAGCAAAAGAAGUAUUGGCCGCUUUCCUAAAGAAUAUGUAAUAGCCAGUAAGGUUGAGGGGUGGUUGUCCUAAAGUUCUCUUAAUGUUCAAGGUCACACAAACACAAUUAAGCUUAGCAAAACUGACAGGUUUGUUUUUUUUUUUUUUAUGAUUUCACAACUGCAGAAUUAACAAGUACUAUUUGAGACAUAUUCUAUACUGUGUGUAUUCCAGAAGGUUUUAAUCUCAUACAAAGCAAUUAAAGAUAAUGUUCAGUAAUAUUAGCUGGCACACUGAAAAGAUACAUCAGUGUUGUCAUGCUUAGAAAAAUUAUUCUACCCAGCACACAAGAUGAUACACAUACACAUUUGUAGAUUUUUUUUUUUCUGCUUCAGAAAGGGAAAGUGUUCUGACCACCCUAUCUUUCUUAAUAUAAUCAUGUUAGCCAUGAACAGUUUCAUUCCUUCAUCUUUGUUUGAAAUUCUUUUCUACAUUAUAUGAACAACUUUCAGGAGUCUAAAAAAUAACAGCAACUCAAAAUUAACAAAUCUCUAGAAAAACACUUGGAUGACCUGCAAGCAGGUGAAAGAUGUAAUAGUCUGAUUUUUGACAUAGCAGCUUGAUAGCCUCAUUUCCUUUUCCAAAACAUGAAGUAGGUUUGAUAGAUCAUACCAUGCUUAACCUUGACAAUGUAUAAAAUACAUACUUUAUUUUCACCCAAUGGGACCAUCAAGUAUAUAUCUUUCAAAGAAAGCAACAUUUGGGUUCUUUUCUCUGCUUUCAGAACAUUUACUUUUUACUCCUUGUUGGCUUUAACGAUUGCUGCCAAUGAUACAACACAGAAAGCAAUUUACAACCAUCCCUUUCCAGGUGGGUGGUUAUAAUAGAAAACUAAUGCCAGCAAAGGUUUAUGAAUAAGUCUGAAAGAUGGCUGACAUAAUUUCUUGUUCUCUGCGCUUGAAAUAACUAGCUUUUAACUCAUAAAUACAUUGAUAAUAAUUACAAGCUAAAUAACAACACAGUUAGUGUUGCUACAUAACGGCUCUGUCUUACAUGAUUCUGUUUCUCAGACUUCUAGUUUCUUAUUGGAGAGUCUCAGAUAAUGUGUGCUUUAAACACUCAUUACCAGUAUUCAGAAAAAAAUAUAAGAUUUUUUUGGUCCAAGUGUUCAUUAAUGUAAGUUAAAAAAUUAUAUUUGAUUUGGAUUCAAAUAUUUAUACAUUUACA